UUUUUGAAAAGAAGUGAGAAAAAUUGGCCCAGCUCCUGCCUCCCACAUCUCCCUUCGAAGACCGCCUGGUUCUCUGCCAAAUCCUGGGUAAUGAAAAGAGCGUGAGUCGCUCUGCACGGAGGAGAAGCUGCAGCUGCUCAAGAGAGAAAUCGGGACAAGAUCACCAAGAAACUUGAAAAAUGGGACCUAAAAUAAAAUAUUCAACCUCCAAAAUUUCCCCGGCCAAGCUGAACAAGGCAACAGGCAAAACCCUGGUAAAAACUCACAAGCUACCAAAGUCCCAGCAGAAGACCAGAGAAAUUUGCCACAUCUACGAAAUGAAGCUCCGUUCUGGCCUCAUCAUAAGAAAGGAGACCUGUUACUUUGAGAAAGAAUCCAUCAAAAAGUAUCCGCAAAAAUCAUGUAAAAAGCACGAAAGGGACCGCUCUGCUGCUGUGAAGAACAAACAGCCUGGUGUAAUCGGUUUGAAAGGUGCCAGUUCUAAAGAAGGUGCCAGACGACUUGACAUAGAGAGUAUCAAAGGGAUUUCACCUGUUACACAAUCUCAUGCCUCCCUGAGCACAUUCAAUGACCAAUCUGUUAGUUUCAAAGUUUUGAAGGACGGACGCUAUGUGAUCAAUGUUGAAGAUUCCGGAAAGCUCCAAGAAAACGACAAGAUGCUGCUACGUUACUAUGAGUCUACGGAGUCCUCAAGUGAAUCAGGUGAUGGUGUGGAUGGUAAGUUGCUGAUGGUGGACAUGAGUCCUGCGAAAGACACAGACAUCAGGCUGCAUGCCAAUAAGCAGAACCACUGUGUGAAGCUUGAAAAGUGUCAAGCUCCACUGCCACCAGCAGUCUUUUUCGUCGUUCACCAAAAGACCUCCGACUAUGUCUCAUUUGAAUGUAAGAAUCAGCCUGGGACAUACAUAGGAGUGAAAGAUAACCAGCUGGCUCUACUAGAAGGAGAGAAAAAUGACGAUGAAAAUAUUAUGUUUAAGCUUUCUAAAUAAGAAGCUUGUAGGUCCUGGGUCGAACGACUUAAUGUUACCAUCAAAGAAAGGAUGAGAGAAAGCAAUAGACAUCUAAGGGAAUGGCUUAAGAUGCUGUGGAAUGUUAUCUUUUAUAUAUAAAAAUUCUUUUCUUUUUCUCUGUACCACUACACAUUCAAUAAGAACGUGCAUAUGUAGCACAGGGCAUUGGUAAAGAAACUGAGAGACAUUCAGCCUUGGCUUCUACGUUUGUCUGCUCCAAGACCUGAACGAAUUCACACUUCCAGAUUUCUUCAGACGAGCAAGCACCAUAGCUCAUGCUAUGCUUUCGACAAGGGUUCAUUUUAAAAGCGUUAAAAAGAAUACGUGGUUUCUCCCUGGUUCUAAACAGAAGGUUGAAAUCCUAGCGUAGCCAGUGGAGGACCAGCUGCUGCACAAACUGACCAUGUCUCAAUUAGAACAGAACACCAAAUGUAUCGGCAGCUGCCCCUGGGGCAACCCUCAGACCAGCUCUUUCUGUCAAGAAACCCAGUGCUCCAAAUGCCUACCUACCUAGACAGGUUAAGAUAAAUCUGUGAAAACGCAGGAUAACUGAAAAAAAAAAUAAAGAAAAAGAAAGCCAGUAUUUGUAAAAUGGAAUAAUGUUACCUCUACUUCUUUCCUUGGGGCAGGGGGUUGGGGACAGGGUUUCUCUGUGUAGCCCUGGCUGUCCUGGAACUUGCUUUGUAGAUCAGGCUGGCCUCGAACUCACAGAGAUCCACCUGCCUCUGCCUCCCAAGUGCUGGGAUUAAAGGUGUGUGCCACCACCACCCAGCUCUGUUUCCUUUUGAAAAUUCUGAUAUCUUUUUAAGGUAACACAGUUUAAGUUUGAGCAAGCCAAGUUUAUGUUAAAGAAAGGAACACAUUUUAGUUCACAACUGUGGUUGAAAUCAUUGGCUACCUUUAAUAAACUUAAACUCUUCUUUGAGUACUGACCAGGCCAUGAAUUAGGGCAUCCACGUAGGAUGGGACCUCACAGGGCAGUCAGAAGUCCUCCUACUAGGAAGACACCGAACUGACUUCACAUUCUCAAUAGCUGGCUAUGGCCUAUGGUUUGUGGCACGCUGUGUCCUUCUCGCCUGUUUCCAAAGAGCUAUCACUAUAAAUGUGCGCAUCAACUUGGAGGGAAUUUCUCUAUGGCUUGCUUUUCUCACACACAAAUUCUUUUGUUGCUUGGGUUCACAGUAGCACUGUUCACUGGAGGAUAUGUUAGCUUAACUUUCUCCCUUUCUCUGGUUCUUUUGACCAACGUAUCUUUAACAUAUCUCCUACUCCCUAAACUUCAUUUUUGUUUUCUCUGACGCCUAUGUACGAACACUUUGAUCCUGCUUUUCUACUUUACGCUCUAGAAUUUUAUAUAUACUGACUAGUUACAAAGUUGUUCACUAAACAUUUUUGUGUGUUUUACUGUUACUGAAGUAGUGAGAUUUAUAUUCAACCAUACAGUAAUGUUUUAAGAUACUAAAGGAGUAGCUGGAUUAUUUAGACAAUAGCAAUUUCUACUACAUUUUUAUUGGCUUAAAAUUUACAGUAAAUGCAAAAGAUAAUAACAGAAAACAUACUUCUAAAAGUACAAGCUUUUAAUUUCAAGUGAUGAAAGCUAUUAUAUAUAAUACCUGGUUGGAUGUAUGAAAAAAGAGGCUGGGGAUUGCUGUAUACGAUCAUACAAUUAGAGCAUGAUAUAACUGCUUCAUUAAUUUUUUACUGUUUUACUAUAGAGACGAAAGUGAAACCAGAAUCUAUGUCAUCUCCCUGUAAACCUCCAUAUUAACUAUAUGACUUUGUACAAUAUACUUAAAAUAAUAAUUAAGUAGUCAGAUAUGUCCAUGACAUUGUUUAUAACCUUGAAUAAACUAUUUAUCAAAAUCA